ACUCUGCUUUGCUGGAUAAUCACCAGUGAGUCUCCUAGAGACAGUGACAGAGGGUAGGAAGGGAGAGAGGCAGAGAGACAGAGAGCCUGUACCUUCCAUUCAACUGCUGCAUUCUUCAGUCUUUUCCUCUGCUUUCCUAAGCUGCUGGAGUACAGGGCAGGAAACAACUAGACAGGAGAAAGCUCUCUAAAGGAAUUUAUCCUCCACUCUUUGUGUUGCCAACUCCCAUUCAUUGCUGGGACAGAGUGCAGAGGAGGAGAGACGAGGGAGGGACUGAGAACAGGACUUCAGACUCUGCCUUCAGCUGUACAGCUCAGUGUAUGAGACAAAUACACAGAGAGACACACAUAUUUGCAGAUUAGACGCAGCUCAAGCUAACCAGACAGGGGGACAGACUGACAAAGUCACAUUCUAUACAUACACAGAAAAACACAGACAGACAGACAGGGGGUGUCAUGGCAUCAGUGGACAGCACCAGUUCGAGUGUCCCUGGGCGGCUGAGAUCAGGGGAUCUUCUCCAUGCUGGUCUGGCAGUUGUACUGCUGCUCGGGGUAUGGAGUGUUGGUGGACUGGACGUCUCCACAGAUAAACUGACUUUAAUUGAAGCGAAGAAUGGCUCCACAGUUCUGCUGCCCUGUACCUAUUAUUCCUGUAUUGGAAUCGAACAACUCUACUUCAACUGGCAAUAUAAAGAGAACGAAACCAUGUCCACCAAGUUAUGCGAAGGAGAAAUUGCAUUGGAGGGAGCGCACCCCAAGGUCAGCGUGUUCCAUGAACGGGUGGAGUUUGUCGGUUCCUCCGAGAAAAGUAACAUCUCCAUCCUGCUGUGGAACAUCACCUUUGAAGACCAAGGACAGUACAGCUGUUUUGCCAGGAACAAAAAAGAGAAAUACCGCAACAAUACUGCGACCAUCACUCUUAGAGUGGUGGACCAAAUGAAGGAGGUUGACAAUACUUUGACAGUCAUCAUUGUCUCAGUGCUGGGUGGAGUUAUUGGCUUAGUUAUCAUUGUUAUGGUGAUAAAGGCCUUGGUUGUUCACUUCCUGCAGAAGGAUGAUGCAAAGACUAAAGAGUGCCUGGUGAGCUCCUCAGGGAAUGACAACACAGAAAAUGGACUUUCAGGAGCCAAAGCUGACAACAAAGCCACACCAAAGGCAUGAGCAAAAUGCAAAGUAUGUCUGUAUGUUUGUAUAUAUGUUAGACAAAUGUACACGCUCAGAGAAAAUGCUGUUCAAUGGACUGUUUUAUUUUACUAGUGGCUAACUAUUACAACAUGUAAAUGUCUAUUAUAAAAUCAUGCUCGAGAUUUGGGAAGAGUGAAAUGUGCACAGGCCUGGGUCACUCUCUCACAGAUAUGGCAGCCCAUUUGUUGCAGUGUACACAGCCUCUGUUCUUGAAUUCUGCUCUACAUCUUAGUGAACCAAACACUUACUCUACAGUUUAGCCUCAAGUAAAUGGUCUGCCUCCAGUUUAACAUAAGAGAUUUCCAUUCUUCUUCUUCUUCUUUUUUAACGCAAUGUGUCUUCACAGAUUUUUUUCUAUUAUAAACCCUCUAUAACCAUGUGGUAAAAUAAUACUAAUUAGUAAAUCACUUUAGAGAACCUGUGUUUUAUAGACCAAAUGUCAGUAUUCAUCUGCCACUCCAAAUUACAGUUACCAGUCUGACAAGCUACACUAUGCAUCAUAGAAUUGCGCAAUCCACAACUCAACCAAACUUAGUGGUAACACACACAUUGUGAUGCUAUGACUAAGUGCCAUAAUAUCUGCUGUGAUGUCAAGUGAAGCACAAAACUACUGAAAUGUUUUUCUAACCAUCACAUCCACCUGUAAAACUGAACCUGAAUCCCUUACAAUUAAUGUUUAGCUCAUAAAUUUAAGCCAACAUGGAUUGUUCAUAAUCAAAUUUGUUUAAACUUAGGUGCUUACUGUUCUUUGCAUAGUAGCAAAUAAUACGUUGGCUUACUUUAAGUCUUUAAAGCUAGUUUUUCCUAACAUUUUUGUCCUGAUCAGACACUGACGUUAACCUCUGCCAUGCCAGCUUCAAUUUUCAUGCUUACUUUGGGCCCACAAAUGACACACUGUUGGGGUAUUUGGUUCACUAAUGCUUACAGCAGAUUUUGAUUAACUACUUGCCAUGGCAGACAACUGGGCUUCCUUCGGUGACUGAAGGAUCCAGUUCUAAACAGAUUUCGGUGUUUUGCUUUAGAUGAAACACAAGUGCCUGUUCUGCUUCUGCUCCCUCUGCUGGUGGGAGGAAAAACUCACAGAAAAGAAAUUAUGAAUAACCACCAUCCCUAACCCACAUCAAAGACAAUUCCCCGACUACCCAGGCCCUAUAAAAAAGGAAUGAACUUAAUCAUGCUGCUUCUGACUAAUAACAAAUGCAUUUUUUUGCAUGUGUGCAUUUUAUACAAGUAUAUAUUGCCUAGCACCGCAAUACAAGAACAAUUCUUUGUCUCUCUGUAUGGUCCCAUUUAACCCUUCACAUCAGCCUAAAAUUGCAGAACCUCUGUCUGUGCUCAAUAAGUACUUCCCAACACUGCUACAAGUUUUGUUAACCCUUUAACCAGAUCAGGAUCAUUGAAAGGUGACUCAUCUUUCGAGCAACUGCCUGCUAUGUGUAUUUGUGGGAAAGGAAGGGUUAAAGAAAUGUUACACAUUCAAAAUUCCUUACAAAAAUUAUAUCUAGUAUGUUAUUGUUAUUAUAAAAUGAAUGUGUUAAUGUCCCAAUAGGUCAGUAGUUAGUUUUCCUUUUCCAACUCUCAAGAUAAUGCUUUCAGUGUUUUGCUCAGAUUAGCUAUAUUGACAACUACUAGCUGCAACUGUAUCUAAUAACUGGGGGCAUUGAUGAUAAGACGUUUGGUCUCCUAGCACUGAAACGUAAUAAGUGCUCAAGAAUUUUUCAGGAGCUGAGAGUUGUCUGAUGUAAAGUGACCAAAAUAUUACACAAGUACAUAUUUAAUUGGUGGGACAUGCUCAAAUUAAACAUGUAGCAUUUAAGAAGUAAUCAGAUUUUGUUUAAGAAAAGAAAAAUAGAAAAAGUCAACAAAAUCUUUACAAUAUCACUUCUCUACUUCAUCUUGAUAAAUGAGCAGGGAAGAACUAAGAUGCCCAGUGGAAACCACACUCUCUGCAUGAGAGGUCAUUUCUGUGAACUUGCUCAAUCCACAUACAUAGCUUGAAGUGCUGUGGCAACUAAAAGCUACUCAGACAAAAAGAGAGACAGACAGAGACGUACUGUAUAUGCCUAUGCAUGUACUCACUCAAUAAGAACCACUUUGAUACCAGAGUGUAAGACACUGGCACUGUAUACAAACAAUGCAGCACUUUACCACUGCUCAGAGUGGACGCAUCAUGGGAAAGAUUUCACCAUCAUUGUUCUUUUAUAUUACUAGAGUCAACAAAAACCAAGAGGUGCAAUGUUUGACUGAGCACCUGACAACAGCACUGUAUGAAAAUGAUUUUGGCAUCGUCUGACUACAUGUCUGUUGCGAGAUUUGAUCUUAUUUUUCUAAUUUUUCUCUUCUGUCAGCCUUCUGCUCUCUAUUACCGGAGUGCAUUUCCCUUCUUGCUUUCAAUGGAAGCAGUAAGACAGACAUCCAUUUAUGCAAUUACCUAAUAUAAGGCACUUUAUAGAUGUGCCUGGACCGGCUGUGAUGGUAACUGUCUGUCCAAGGCACUGCUCAUUGUAUCUACACUCUACUAAUGUAACUCAGUUGAUAUAUAUCUCUGUUCAUAUAUCUACAUUAGAUAGUUAUCUGCAUUUGAUCUAUCUAAAUUAGAUCCCAUUUACACUUUGCAUAAAAUUCUUUGAGAAGAUGGAAGAUGUAUCGAGAGGAGCUACCAUAAGCUGCAUUAUAAAACAUCUGAUCUCCCUUUAGACGGUGACAACUCCACUGUCAUUUCUGACAACAAGCUUGCUAUGGAAUAUUCUUCAUAAUAAGAAUUACGCAAACCAGAGACACAAAAAGCUAGUAGCUUAAAAGACCAUUUACAAAACAGAACAAAUUCUCAGCUGGAGCUAUUCAUUGGAAAUUUAGAGAAAUGCCAUCAUUCUAAAUGUUCUUGUGUACAUAUUGGUCCAUGUGCACUCAAUUGUUUAAAAAAAACAAAAAAACGAUCUGCCUUUAUGUUUAAUGUAACACAAACCCUCUCUGCAACCGUAGCAAGCAUUAUUAGCCCCAUACAGUAUGUUCUUGACACUUGCAAUUUGCCUUUUCAGCUCUGGAGUGGAUCCUGUGUGAGAUCACCAAGCUGUCAUGAAUGACAAAGAGCGAUAUACAAAUUUACCUGAAUCUGGGUGAAAUGUGAGGAGGCAAACAAUUCAGUCUAACCUCCUGAUUUAAUUCAGGCAGAUUCCAUUCAAAAUACAGAUACGAUGCAGAUGCUUAAGAAGCAUGAAAUGACAGUGUAGUUUGGGUCACAUUGGUCUUAAAUGUUGCUCAUUUGACAAUUCAAGCGUUUACUUUAUUUCAGCUGGAAUUUUAAUUCUUGGUGUAAAUGGGAUAAAGACUGAUCCAUGUUCAUACAACCGGGAUAAUGACUAAUAUGUGAUGUACUACUGUGAGUACAUUGGAAAAGUGGAACGACUGCUAACACUGCUACUGUUACUGUGCAACACAAGUAAUGUGUUGUGAAACUAUGAAUGUUAUGGAUGCAUGGAAGCAUUACACACACAAAGACACACAUUUGCUUCCUCAUCCAACUCCAAUCACGUCUCUGUAGAAAGCACAUGUGUACAAAGUCUUCCAGUAGGCAAAAGCAACACUGUGGAGUUGACUUGUGUGUUUGUGUACUUUUCUUGACCCAUAUCUUUCACCCUGAGACAGCAUAACAAAAAGGUUUCAUGUAGGGAUUGUGAUGCAUAAUGUUGUGGCUACAGUUCCCAUCGUUUACUCCCUAUAACCUGAUUUUAUUUUACACAGUGAAGCCCAUUAACCCUGCCUUACAGUUUCUCUCUAACCUCUGGCUUGUCCUACCAGUAUGAAUUUAUUUCCCUGAAGUAAAACUACUGACAAAUUGAAAAAUCUCCAGAUCAAAAUUUGCCCAGAAAACCAGACAGCAAAACCCCGCUACGUUCUUACCUGCCUUGUCUCCCAUCAAGAGAUAUCUUUCCUGAAUAUUAAAUAAGUCUUUAGGUCAUCCAGCUACUUAUGGUGAUUGCUGCAGUACAGAGUAUGCCCUGUACACCUCUGCAGUGGCACAAUACAGCACAGUACGGUAUGACUGUCUCACAGUGGCAAAUCCCCAAAACAUCAAGUAACCUGCCCUCUAGUGGAAGCUAAUGAGACCUUCAACAUGCACUAACUGCAUUUGAUUCAGACUAUGAAGACUGUAUCAUUAAAAAAAAUAUUGUCAAUUAAAACUAAAGCUGCAAUUAUAAUUUUAUGUAACACUGAUAAAAUCAUUGCUACAAAUUCCACUUUUAAAACAAUGUAAAUAAAACGUUAUAUUGUUCCUGAUAUUCUUAUUUAAUACUAGUUUGACUGCAUUCAUAAUUUUAUAAUGUGCACAUUGGACUUUCUAGCUAUAUUUAAUAAGAAGGGAGGCUUAAUGUAUAAAUUUACACAAUCUAUAUUAGGAAAAGGAUGUGAAACAAUUUGUACAAAUAUGGAUCCUUUAUCAAAUUGCUGACAGCUAUAGUGAUCAUUAAAUAGCUAUACAGUAGUGUCAGAUUAUUCACUAAAAUAAAGGGUCUGGAGUUCUGAUUGACCACUAUGAUUCCUUAGAGUUACUAUUGCUCUUACUGCCAGAGCGGCUGAAACUCAUACUGCCAAUCCAAGAGUCUCAUGUCAGCUGUUGUUGCAACACUAUUACAAUGGCGUAAAACACUAAAACGCAUUACUGUCUACUGCUGUAUUAAUGGCAUUUCAGUACUAAAGUGUACAGGAUACUGCUCUCUACUACUUCUGUAUCUGUAACAGCUGAAACUCUCACUGCCAAGCCAAGAGUCUGACGUAUGCGCUCUGCUUCUCACAUUCCACACAGAUCCAAAGGUCAGACCACUGAUCGAAUGUUGGUUUAAUUCAGUAAAAAUGUUAACUCUACAAUCCUGUUACAAGAUGGUAGAAAAGUAAACAUCCACUGUAAGAAUUUUGAGAUAGUGAACUUUGUUCAAAUUAUCAUUUGUGAUGGCAAACGAUCACGAAAAUCCGCUCUUAAAAACAAGAAAAAAAAAGUAAUAAAAACGGAGGACAUUAGCUAAUUUUUUGCCAACAGAACAGGAAGCUUUCACUUGCCAAUAUUCUUAGAAACAAGUAAAAAUAAGCAGUCUCAAAAACCCACAGGUGCAGCUAGACUAAAACCAAGUACAUUGAUACAAAGCAGUUUUGUACUUGUCAGUGUUGAUCAAACUGCAUUAUAAUUCUAGUAAUUGUAAUUUCAAGCAUUACGUUACUUAGAACCAGUAUUAAAAUCUCAGUAAUGAGUUCUAAUAUCUUAUUAAGUUAAUGAAGGACAAAAAAAGCUUGAAACAAGUGAAAUGUUCCAACAUUAAACCUGCCUGGUAAGAAUAUAGUGUCGCGCAAAGAACAAGCAUCUAUUACCGAGAUUUUUGAUAUUUCAUCUUACUCAGAUUUCACUAUUCGCAGUGCACACAUCUAAAGAACUGCUUCCUAUAACUCUUGAAAGUGAUAAUCUUAUAGACUAAGGCUAACUAGCUGCAGAUUUGAAUUAUAAGCACAGGUGGACACUGGCUUCUCCACAUUCUCUCACCGCAGACACAUUUUUAACCAUUUUAGUUGUUUUUUUUUCACAUCCAUGGCUGUAAACAAAACUCUGCAUUAGUCAGUUUAACAAAUUCAUAUCUGUACAUUUUAUCUUCAGCUAUCUAAGGCCACAAAGUACAUAGAUGAUAGUAUUUUAUAGGUAGUGAAAGUAGCAAAUUCCUAUAAAUUGCUUACGCCUUCAGUCCAUUUAAUACACACACACACACACACACACACACACACACACACACUAACA